UGAAAAUAAUAAUUGACUUGCUGAUAGUGGAAGAAUUUUCUCAUAAUCAGUCGAUCAAUUGAGAUCUACAAUAACAUUGCAAAGAAAAGUACGCUGCAUGUAGCCGACUGUCAUACUCCUGAUACAAGGUCACAGCUCAAGGAAUCAGGAACAAUGUUCGCGUCCAUGAGUGUGUUACUGUGCAGGAGGCAAUUCCCAGCAUUGGCACGCCUGGCAGUCGCAAACCGCACGCUAUGCUCCAACGUGGAAUCGACACCAGUGCCGCCGGAGGAGACAGAUGCAGCUGCACCAGAAAGUUCCACGCCAGCAAUUCGCAUGGCUGAUUUCUCACGGCUGGAUGUGAGAGUUGGACGAGUGACCACAUGUGCUGAGCACCCGGGCAACGAGAACUGGUACAUCUCUGGUCUGGACGUGGGAGAAGAGCAUGAUCGCCCCAUUGUAAGCGGUCUUGCGAAGUAUGUCAGUAGUGAGGAAUUGACUGGACGUCUUGUCAUGGUGUUUUGCAAUCUAAAGAAGAGCAAUUUCCGCGACAUGCCGUCCACUGCUAUGAUCUUCGCCUGUAUGAAGGAUGAAGAAGUGGAGAUUCUGUCAGUACCAGAAGGCAGCAAGCCAGGUGACCGAAUUUUUGUGAAAGAAUUCGAUGACCUUGGACCUCCUGACAAGGUCGUUAACCCAAAGAAAACCCUGUGGGCCGGCAUCAAGGCUGAUUUGAAAGUCAGUAAUCAUCUAGCCCUUUACAGAAACUAUCCGAUUGUCACGUCCCGUGGCAAAAUCACGACCGUCAGGCUCCAGGAUGGCCUAAUUGGCUGAUGGUGGUCCUACUGCACACAGUGAGCAUCAGUAUUGGGCAGUACAGCCCGACAAUGGCCAUACGAUUACGGCAACUAUGUCCUCCCAUGCUACUGCACUGCAUUGUAGGGCAGGGUUGAUGAUCGACAUGAUGUGAUGAUGAAGCCUAUGCCUUCAACUCCUUGCAAGUGACAUUGAAAACGGUUUCAUUGCAUUCUGAUGUGGCUCUUCAGAGCAGUGGCACUGUCUGUGUGUACGUGUGUCAGAGUAAGAGUUAUCCUACAUCACUGCAGCCUGGCUAGCGGCUGCGGAAUGACUGUAUUGGAAUUUGCACUAACAUGGUGCAGCAGCUCAAGAAUUAGGUCUCCCUUGGAUCCCGUGUCAACUCUCUGAUUAGGCCACUGUCCUGUUUGUCAGCAUCGAAGUCUUUAACAACCGCUGUUUGUAGUGGUUCCUCUCUGUAUUUGCCAUACUCAUGUACAUGAAUGGGGAGCACCUUAACUUGAUUCUUUUGCAAAUUUCUAACUGCAGCACGGUUAUCUUCGUACAAAGCUUUGAUUUUGAUAGUGAUUACUUCGGGUCGCACCGUUGAUGCUGAGCUUGAUUUUCUUUCGCUCACAUCAAACUGCAGCGCAUAUUUCAGAAUUUGUCUGUACAGAUUUUCGAACAGAGUUUUGAUGAUGACAAUGAUGUGUUUUU